AUGGGUAGAAUUAAUAUUGGAUUAGCAUUUAAUCAAGCUGUACGAACAGGUCGAUUAAAAGGACCAAUUAUUUUAUCAAGAGAUCAUCAUGAUGUAUCGGGUAUGGAUUCACCUUUUCGUGAAACAGCAAAUAUUGAAGACGGAUCUGCAUUUUGUGCAGAUAUGUCUGUACAAAAUGCCAUUGGUGAUUCUUUUCGUGGUGCAACAUGGGUUGCAUUACAUAAUGGUGGUGGCAUAGGGUGGGGUGAAGUUAUGAAUGGUGGUUUUGGUAUGUUUCUUGAUGGAAGUAUAAAAGCUGAUGAUAAUAUUCGACACAUGUUAUAUUGGGAUGUAAUAAAUGGUGUUAGUCGUCGAUCAUGGUCAGACAAUAGAAAUGCUCGUCAGACAGUAGAACGAGCUAUGGCUAAUUAA